CUAAAUCAACAGAGUGAUGGCCUAAAAUGCCUGGACUUAUUCUCAAUAAUAGAACCUCUCCGCUGAAAGUUCCCGGCUUCCAUGAUAUUCCCGUCAAUGUGGAGCUUCCACAGGAUCAGUUCGCAGCAGGGAUUCAAGACUGGCGUGGCUCAAUUCUCACUGCAAAGGAAUUAGCAAUGUUAGAGUUGAUCAAUACUCUCACCGAGAGACCAGACUGGCACGUGCGGAUUUUCCAACAGGAAGAAAUCGCUCGCUGGCGAGAAGAUGCGCUGUCAGCGUCGUCGCUAAUUAACAACAAGACAUGGAGCUGGUGCUUGAAAGAGUUGCAAGACAAGGCAAGAGACUUUGAAAAGCAAGGGCACGUGCUAGUAUUCAACACUGGCAGUGGUGUUUGUAAAUCUGAUACAGCGAUCUCUUCUGAUAUACAGUCAGAGCUGCGAGACGCCACAGUUUCUUUGAUUCAGGAUAUGGACAGAGAGACUCGAUCCCUAAACAUGCAAAAGUCACCGGUCGUUAAUCUCGUUGAUCCGUCUCUGUUUCCUCUUGUCUAUGGGAGAACAAAGGUAUUGACCGGAGGGCAGUCUUGUGGGAUCGACCAAGCUUCCUGGUUGUCGUGCAUCCAAGAGGGCCAAACUGCUCCAGAACAACCACAGUUUCCACAAGAGAACUCACGUCUGCAUUGGCUCAGUCAUGACUGCAUUUGGUCGACCAAGUUUCAGUGGUUGCCACUCGAAGUAGAGUUCACCGGACCUCCUGGGUCCACUGAGGUUCAAAUUACUUCUUACAUUAACAAUCUCCACCCCACAAACCGGAACAUGUAUUCGGCAAUCGAGACAGUUCUUGCCAGCAGUAUCAAGCAGUGGAAUAAGAUACUCAUUCAACAGAAGUGGAAUAAACCAUCUGAAUACAGGAUCAGUCAUGGCGAACCCUGCCCUCGCGAGCCGAUUCGAAUACGGACUUACGGGGUGGACUGGAAAGCGCGAUUUCCUGAGUGGGCUAAAAAACUGCCUGAAUACUCCAAGGAGGAUCAACUACCUGCUGAGGAAUAUAAAAGGAUGUGCGCUCAAGUGGAGGCAUACCUUCAGGAACCUGAAUCCAAGGAUAAGGUACACUGGUUUCAGGUUCAUACGCAAAGGAUUCCGGAGGAUUGGAAAACACGAUGGGGGUUGCGUCGUACAGCCUUAACAAAAUAUGCACACAUGUUCUUCUUUGAGCACUCUGAUCCCGGCACUACGUAUUCAUAUGAGGACUGGAAAGCAGGCAGGACCAGCGAAGCAAUUAUUGGUCCCGUGGACCAGGGGAAUUGGGGUCCAGUAUUUGAAACAGAACAAUUCCUUCUCUCUAACCCGUGGCUGGAGCCCUACCGAUGGGCCUAUGAGCCAAAAGGUCCAAAGGAUGAUGAUCAUCAGUUUUACACGGUUGCCCUACAGGAUGAGUUUCGAGAAGAGGGCCUUCAGGUUGUGGUCAAGGUGCACAGUAUUGAGCUAGAGCCGGAUAUGCCAUCCUUUUCUGGCGAGGACUGGCAUACUGAAGGAAAUGCAAACGAGCAUAUAGUUACCAACGCUAUCUACGCGUUUGACUCUGAUAAUAUCUCCCAACCGCAGAUCUCCUUCCGGCAGCGGCUCUCCCACGCUGGCGAUAGAUAUGUCUACGAUAAAAUAGGUGCCGGUGACGACCCCGAUGACGACGAGAGUGAUUUCGAGGACGUGGAGUAUAGUGACCCUGAGGACGCCUUGAUAUUUGAGCCAGAUCCAGAAGAGAAGUAUGCGUGCUGGGAUGUUAAGUAUAUAGGAAGGCUUUGUGGAUUUGAAACAAUUCAGAAUGCGCCGGCCUGGCAGGAGCUAGGGAAAGUGAGAGUGCCUCUAGGUCGCUUGAUUUCUUUUCCCAAUGCCUUUCAGUACCGACUGGGCCCGUUAGAGCUUCGGGACAAGACUAGGCCGGGACACUGUCUUUUCCUUACUCUUAGUCUUGUUGAUCCCACGUACCGCAUUUGCUCGACACGAAAUGUUCCCCCACAACAACCGAGUUGGAUCGAUGGAUCGCAGAUGGAUCUAAAGGAAGCCCUCAAGUUGAGAGAUGAAUUGAUGAAGGUACAUAUCCGCAAGGACGAGGCUACCUUCGAGCUUGCUAGAACCAUUGUAUUCACGGGAUUUCAAUGAAUGUACAGGCUCAACUGUCAUAAGUGCGGAUACAUAACUAG